AUGGCGAUCAGGUCAGAAGUAGAACACUGGGACGUGGUCAUUGUCGGCGCUGGUAUCGCCGGUCUUGCUACGGCAAUCGCUCUCCGUCAAGAUGGUCGCAGCAUCCUCGUUCUCGAAAAAUCAAGCAUGAACAAAGAAGUCGGCGCAUUGAUCUCCCUCCAACCCAAUGCUUCAAAAAUUGUCAAUGGCUGGAAUAUGAAGCCUUUCCUCGAAGAAAAGAAACCAAUGGUCGAUGAAGCUUUCCGACUGCUCAAUGUCGAAGGAAAGCUACAAGUUGAGAUGAAGCUCAACACUUCACAAUUUGGAGCCGACCGUAUGCUGUAUCAUCGUCAGGAUUUACACGACGCCUUGCGACAAGCUGCAACCUCAGACGACAUGCCUGGAAAACCUGCCGAGAUUCGUACUUCAUCUGGUGUCACUGGCUGCGACUGCGAGUCUGGAGUCGUCUAUCUAGCAAACGGCUCGUCUGUGCAAGGCAAUGUCAUUGUGGGAGCGGACGGCAUCCGCAGCGCAAUCAGAGACGAAGUCAUCAAAGGCUCAGACAGUGAGGGAUCCAAGGCCAUUCCUACAGGUCUAUCAGCAUACCGCAUCCUGGUCGAUACAGAUAAACUACCAAAGCUCGACGUUUCAGAAGAUGUAUUCGACCUCAAGCGAUCAGCAACAACGAUGAUUGUCGGCCACGACAAGCGAGUCAUCAUGGGUCCUGGCAGAGGCGGCGAGAUGUUUGGUCUUGUCUGCCUAGUACCCGACCCCAACCCCAGUGGCGACGGCACUUCUUGGAAUAAUGCUGCUCCUCUGGAAGAAGUGCUUGAUGCGUUCAAGGACUUCCCAGCUUGGGUUCGUGAGAUCAUGUCUCAUGCUCCAGAUGUCGCGCUCUGGCAACUUCGAGACAUCGAUCCUCUCACAACGUGGACGAAAGGCCGCGCCAUCUUGAUUGGUGAUGCGGCACACGCUAUGCUGCCAACUCAAGGUCAAGGCGCAAGUCAAAGUCUCGAGGACGCUGAAGCCCUGCAAGCUUUCCUUUCGGACGUCAACUCGGACUCGACAGGCGAAGAGGUUCAGGGGCGACUACACUCUGUGCAGAGUGCGCGCUACGAGAGAGCAUCCUUGAUCCAAGCAUACAGUAGAUUGCAAGCGAAGCCAGCCGCAUCGCAGGACAACAAGACGGUGAAGCUGAACCCACAGGAGUUCAUGGAGUACAACUGCAACUACUCGGGAGCGAAGGACUGGGUACAAAGACAGAGAGAGGCGGAAGAAUUAGCGUAUAAGCAGACAGCAGCUAGGGCUUGA